AUGAGUCCUCCAUCCCGGCCCGUCAAGGCCGACAACUCGCCCCCGGACUCCAACAUGUCGGACAACGAGUCGGCUGCGCCGUCUACCAACGGCUGGCCUGUCAAAGAACCGCCGUCACCGAGUGGUAGCGCUCAUUCCGGCUCCGACAUGGACGAGAAGCCCGGCGAAGCCGGCACCAACGCCCCCGUGCAGAAGCGCCGGCGGGUGACCAGAGCCUGCGACGAAUGCAGACGCAAGAAGAUCAAGUGCGACGGCAAGCAGCCGUGCACCCACUGCUCCGUCUACAGCUACGAAUGCACAUAUGACAAACCCUCCAACCGGCGGAGGAAUCCGGCCCCUCAGUAUAUCGAGGCGCUGGAGAGCCGUCUGCAGCGUGCCGAGAGCCUGCUGCGCAAGUUCAUCCCGGACGUCGACCUGGCCGAUCCCACGCUGGAUCCUGCCGUCCAGCAGGAGUUCCGCAACAGGGAGCACGCCAGGGGCCAGACCUCCAAGCCGAGGCACGACCCGUACGUCGUGCCCGAGAGGGGCGACGCCCAGCUGCUGUCCAUGAUCGAGUCCAUCGGCCAGCUGGACCUGGACGACAGGGGCGGCUGGGACUUCCACGGCGUGUCGUCCGGCGCCGUCUUCCUGCGGCGCAUGAAGGAGCACUUCAGGGGCAUGAUGGGCCCCAUCACCAAAGUGCCCUUCCUGCCGCGGCCGGACAGGCCUGCCGGUCUGAUCAACCUCGACUCUCCCGCAUCGGCCGCCAGCUCGCCCUUCGACUCGACCAUGUCCACAGCCCCUGAGCUCCCCCCGAAGGAGGUGGCCAGGAACCUCUGCUACCUCUCGCUGAACUGCGCGACCUGCCUGAUCCGCAUAGUCCACGUCCCCUCCUUUUACGAAAUGCUUGACAGAAUCUACGAAAAGCCCUACGAAGACUACUCCAAGGAAGAGCACAGGUUCCUGGGCCUUCUCAACGCCGUCAUGGCCCUGGGCUGCAUGUACCGCAACCUGGACGAGAACGCCCCUUCGGUGGCCUACAAGGAGUCGGUCGACGAAGGAAUGAAGUACUACGACACCGCCAGGCGGAUCCUGCAGGACAUCACGGAAUGCCGGGACCUGACGUCGCUCCAGGCCCUGCUCUUUAUGAUUCUUUUCCUGCAAGCCACCUCGAACCUGAGCGGGUGCUACGCCUUUGUGGGGAUCGCGCUUCGGUCGGCCCUGCGCAUAGGCCUGCACAGGUUCUUGAAGCACGAGAAGAUUUCCAUCAUCGAGCAGGAGGUCCGGAAGCGGGUGUUCUGGGUCAUCCGGCAGAUGGACAUUUACGUCUCGGCCAUGCUCGGCUUCCCGCUGAUGCUCAACGCCGAGGACAUUGACCAGCCGUACCCGAGCGAGAUCGACGACGAGUACAUCACGGACGAGGGCAUCCUGACCCCUCCGCCAGGCACCUUUUCCUUCUUUGAAGCGUUCAACGCGCACACACGUCUGAUGGAGAUCCUGGCCCGGAUCCUCAAGUUCGUCUACCCCCUGAAGGGGCUCGGCCAGAGCGUCAUGAAGGGCGACAAGCCGGGCGCGACGUACCUGAUCAGCUACGCCAACAUCAAGCGGAUCGAGGCGGAGCUGCAGGAGUGGUACGAGGUUCUGCCCGCCCAGUGGCGGCCCAGGCCCGACGGGCCCGUCGAGGUGAUCCGCGUUCGCCAUCUGCUGAGGUUCGCCUACGCCCAUGUGCAGCUCGUCCUCUACCGCCCGUUCCUGCACUACGUCUCCCCCCGCCUGGGCGUCGGAAAGAACAUUGACGACCUCUCGUACGCGUGUGCCGCGGCCUGCAUCAGCGUGUCGCGGAACAUUGUCCACAUUGGCAUCGAAAUCCGCAAACAGAACGUGCUGGCCGGGCCGUACUGGUUCAUGCUCUUCACCGAGUUCUUUGCCAUCCUGUCUCUCGUCUUCUACUCGAUAGAAAACCCCGAGAAGAUCGGCUCCGCGGAGGUGCUGGAAGACGCCAUCGCGGGCAGAGACAUGGUUGCCAAGCUGCAGUCCAAGAGCCAGGCCGCCGACAGAGUCACGGAGGCGCUCAACGUCUUGUUCGAACAGUUGCCCGAGAGGCUCCAGGAGGCCAAGUCUCGGCCGAUCCCGACCAAGAAGCGAUCGGCGCCCGGGCAGAAGGCGAGCUCGGUACCCGUCCACGGACAUGCGGCCCUGCAGCCGGGCAUCGGCCAACGCCGAUCCGAAGAGCUCAGCCGACCGCCCAGCGUGGUGAUGGCCAACGGGCGGAUGCACCAGCCGCCGCUCCGCACCUCGUUCGACGACGUGCCCAUCUCGGAGGCGGGGUACCAGAGCGCCUCCCUCGCGAGCAACAUCCAGGACCUGCUGGGCAUGGACAUGUCCUCGCGGGCGACCCCGGACUCGGUCAGCACGUCGGCCAGCUCGAACCGGCCGACGCAGGGGUUCCCGCCGCCGCACAGCAUGACGCACCUCGGCAAGCUCGACUCGCUCAUGUUCCCGUCAGAGGAUCCGUUCGCGUACCCCAACCAACCCAUGAUGGAACUCGGCUUUCAAAAGGGACCAGGGCCGAACAACGUCAGCGGCCCGCAGGAUUCGUCCACGUUCAUGAUGCCCGGCGCAUUCGACGACAUCGACACCCAGCUCCUCGGGCAGUCGCCCGCCUACUUCCUGCAAGGACAGGGCCACCACCAUCAGCAACAGCAGCAGCAGCAGCAGCAGCAGCAGCAGCAUCAACAGCAGCAGCAUCAACAGCAGCAACAACAACAGCAGCAGUCCGGAUACGACCUCGCGGGCAUGUACCAGCACCCGGGAUACCAGGGCAUGCCUGAUGCCGCGAGGCUCGAACACGCACGCCGGGCACAUAUGCAGCAGCGGCCCGGGGAGCUUGAACGGAUGCUUGCAGAGACGGGCUACCAAGGCAACUGGGCGGGGAUGCUCGCCAGGAACGGAUUUCAGGGCCUAUAG